AUGAAGAUGAGAGCUGAGGUGUCGGACAUGAGCCAGUGGAGAGAGGUGGAUUUGGAAGAGAAGUGCACCUACAUUGUAAAUGACCAACCAAGGGACCUGACCAAAAAUACUGAAAUCCCUUGGGCCAGAGCUUCCGUACCCCGAAACCUUACCUUCAAGUUCACAAACACCAAUGAGGUGAUUGGAGUAAUUAGCAGAGAAUACAUACCCCAAGGGACACGCUUCGGGCCAUUGGUUGGGGAUAUCUACACCAAAGACAAUGUCCCAAAGAACAUAAGCAGAAAGUACUUCUGGAGGGUUUAUUCCUCCGGGAGGCUGCAUCAUUUUCUGGACGGCUACAACGAGUGUAAGAGUAAUUGGAUGCGGUACGUGAAUCCCGCACACUCGGCGGCGGAACAGAACCUGGUUGCUUGUCAGAAUGGCACCGACAUUUACUUCUACACAGUGAAACCGAUCCCACCCAGCGAUGAGCUGCUGGUCUGGUACAGCCGAGAGUUUGCUGAGAGGUUGAAUUACCCACCAACUGGCGACAUGGUGAUGCUUAAACUCAAACAAAAUCUCAAGGGAUACAAGGAUCUGGUGCCUGCAUACACUGGGCAGCUACCUCAGAGCCAAGAAGACAUUCAAGAAGGCCAAAAACCAAAUGCUAACAACACAAAGAAUGAGGAAGAGAAAGUGGAUGUGGAGGUGAUCGAAAGAGAUACCCCGCCCAUCACUCCAGACAACCAAAUAAUGGACUUCAGUAAAAAGCUUUACCCAGAUGAUGUGAACAGAUCUGUGUCAGACAAAAAUGGUUCAAAGAUCAAUGAUGUUAAGGAUGAUGAAAGACCACUGGACAGAAACAGUUCAAACCAAAGAUCCAAAAGUUCUGUAAUUCAACAAACCCCUCGCAUUCUGUCUCCCAGCUUGACUACCUCACCUCCCAAUAAACUCCCUCUACCAAUGAAUGGACAUCAUAGCCACGCCGAGGGCUUGGUCUCCUACCCAAUGUAUUCACCUUCAGGCCACCUCCAGCAUCAAUACAUGUAUCCAUACAGCACUCUGUCUCCUCACUAUGCUAGAUUUGUAUUACCCAACUAUUCACCUGGAUUCAAUGGCCUUCACCCACUCAGCAGUCCAGCCACUUUGAACAACAUGAACAACCUCAGCCUGUUUGGCAGAAUGCCCCCAGUUUGUGGUGGUUUUGCAUCAGGAGACUGCCUCUCUUAUCCCAUGAUGAAUCGGACUGUGUUGCCUGUCAUGUUGCCUACAGAAGAAGGCCAAAAGUGUCACAUUCCAGAGCAGCCAAGAGGGGUUCUUAUCCCCGCUCCCACCAGCGCCUUCUCACCCAUGGCUCCAGGAGUGGGCCUGAAGGAAAUGCCUCUCACCCAGCCACCAACUUCAGGUACCUCAAUAAACUCUGAACUGUCAAUGCAGCUGAAAGCUACCUCAUGGGUCCCAGGGAGUGAAGAGGCAAUGAAUCUGAGCAAACCAAAGACCUCUCCCGCAGACUUCCCUGGUUAUAAGUCACUUCCCUAUCCACUAAAGAAACAAAAUGGGAAGAUCAAGUACGAGUGCAACGUGUGUUCUAAGACCUUCGGUCAACUAUCUAACCUAAAAGUGCAUUUGAGGGUCCACAGUGGAGAGAGACCUUUUUCCUGCCACACUUGCAGUAAGACGUUCACACAACUGGCCCAUCUCCAGAAGCAUUACCUUGUACAUACUGGGGAAAAGCCUCACCAGUGUCAGGUGUGUCACAAACGUUUCAGUAGCACCAGUAACCUGAAGACCCACCUUCGCCUGCACUCUGGAGAGAGGCCAUAUCACUGUAAGCAAUGCUCAGCUAAAUUCACCCAGUUCGUCCACCUCAAGCUGCACAGGCGCUUGCACAGCAAGGAGCGGCCACACAAGUGUCACCUCUGUUCCAAGAGCUACAUCCACCAAUGCAGCCUGAAAAUCCACCUAAAUGGCAACUGCUGCAUGGCGCCAGAGACCAGCUGGUCCAAGGAGGAUCUCCUCAAGAUUGAUGAAGAAAUCAAUAGGUUCGACAUUAGUGAAAAUGCAGAAAGAUUUGACAACGCUGCCACAGUAGCAGAGAUGGAGGUGGUAACCGAGCGGCUUAUAGUCCACGGCCUAGACAAGGACCACAAAGAGGACCAAUUCAGAGCAGCAUGUUACAAGAACAAUGGAGGCGAUCAUCCACCCUCUGACCUCAAUGAAAGGGCCAAGACUUCUAAUCUAAUGCAGUUUCCCCAUGGUCCAGCAACUCUGCUCCCCAUCAGGGUCAAGCAAGAAGCCAGUCUAUAAUUGUGUAACAAUCAUUAUCAUGUGUUGGGACUAAUUCAAUGAACUCAUCACCAAAUACGGUACAUUAUGAGAGGAAGGUGUUUGGACAAACUAGAAGGAAAAUUUAUAAUGUUGAACAAAUUGAACCUAGAAAAGAAAACAAAUGUGGACUCAGACUAUUUCCAAACUCUUUCCUGUGCGUUUUGUUUGUUCUUCCCAGAGGGAGUGGUCUCUGUUAUGUGAUCUGACAAAUUGUUAAUUGAUUCUUGCAUUCCUUAUGAGUUCGUAUUCAGUCAGACCAAAAAAGAAGUCCCCUAACACAUGGCCAUUCCUGGGUAUGGGUGAUGUACAGACCCAGCCGUUGCCGUGAUAACCAGUUGUGCUUUCCGUGCUUUCUCAGGGUGUGUUAGAUAUAUUUAUGCAACAGAAAAUGGUAUAUAUUUUUUAUCAGUUAAGAGACAUUCGGAUAUGAGUUUAUUCUUCUAAGGCCUAUAUCUUAUUUAUUAAGAAACAGAACAUUCUCUUUUUUUAAAUAAAGUUCACAAUGACAAAAAUAUGGGGAUUGACUGAUAUCUACAGUAUGACCGAUGAGAAAAUAAUUUAACUAUUUAAAAUGUCUUCCUGCAAAUGGACACAGUAAUGACAAGUUGUUCUUAAUCCUUGACAUCCAUGUUGGUGACUUUGAAGUAAUCAGAUUCUGCAUUUUGUUUGUGUAAGAUUAUGUAGAGACAAUCAGGUGUGACACGUUGUUAGGGCUGGCAAGAUCAAAUCUUAUAUAAAGGUGGACAAUUGAAUCCAACCAGAAACUUGCACACAUACAAUCCCAAAAGCUGAACCCCUGAAGUUUGUCUGGGAAGGUGACCUUUGCUGUCUUUUGGGAGUUAGGAAUGUGGAAGAUGGCACCUCCUCAAUGGAUCUCUGGGACAGAGAGCUCAGGGUUUACUAUAUAUGUUCUGAAUGUGGUGGGAUGGAAUGGAAGAUAGGGGUUUUUAAGGUAGAGGUAAGGCAGCACUCCUUCACCCUCCAGUCCUUGUGAACUGGCUCUUCUUUGUCUGUAUUUUCCUGAAAUACUUCCCAGCAAUUUUCUUCCACUCUUUUGUUCAGAUGUAAAUAGCAGUUCAGGGAUCAAGAGUAAAAUAAAGACAUACCUCUCUCAACUUUAAAGCUUUCUGCCCUAUUGGUGGUCCACAAUGCUGCCCCUCCCUAAUAUAAUAGCCACACUCCUUCAGUUGGCUGGAAUUGAUGUAAAGGUUCCUCUCGCCGUACAUCUUCCAUUCAGAGCAACUAAAUAAACCUGACCUUGGCUCAUAGAUGUACAAUACUGGUGUUAACAUUGGUUAGUGCAGGAUCAGCCUGCAUGCUUAUGGAGAGUGCACUGGAACAAGCACCAGUAGUGGAGCUGACUGCCUCUGAAGUGGGUUACUAUAAGACUGAGGGCUGAGGAAGCAUCUCUUCCAAUGGCAAAAUCCUCCAGUGGCACAACCUGCUGUUGCCAUCUAACAGCUAAGCAAGGACUUGCACAAAUCUGAAAUACUUUAUUACUGGCUGAAUGAUGUCACAUUGAAGUUGAUUCAGAAGCAAAAAAAGGAAUGAACAGAACAUACGUGCAGUUGUAUCGCUUGGAGAUUGCCAAACUGGAGUAGGGUGGGAUGGAAGUGGUGGGUGUAUGUAUGCAGAAGGAUCAAUUAGACGAGUCAUAAAAAUACCAAAAAGACACCCUUGAGGGUUAGACUUGGCAAGGAUGUGAUUUAAGCAAGUCUUAGAGCGUUCAAAUAGAAAGUAUGUAUUUGAGUGAGUUGUCAUUUAUUAUGAAUAGAUAACUAGUAAAAGGCUGCUCAGGGUAAAAUUCUUUCUGAAAAUAAAAACAGAAAAAAAUGGCUUGGUAUUAGUGAAUGAAUAACCAGUGAAACGUAGAAACUUUCUAACAACAUGAGAUAGUCAUACACUGGGAAUAGAAAGGCUGGAAAGAUUCCAUUUGUCAGUUUAAUCUGUUGCUUUGUGAACAUGAUUUAUCUUUCAUCAUUUACACUGAAUUUGGAUUUGAAUAUCUUUGGUGUUGUCUAAAAAGCCCAGUUAACUGCAGCAGUGGAAACCACAAGCAUUGCCAACUUGCACCACAUUGGUCCAAUUAAACUGAAUGGCCAUUUAUGACUGAAUUUGCCUUUUGUUUCUAAAGGCAAGAAGAAAUAUGCACUCUGGCUUUUCUUGUAUGACACUCUAAGAUGUCCAUUGCUUCCACUGUUACCAUGGACUUCAUGGUUAUUAAAAUAUUUCUCCAAUUUCCCUUAUUUCAGAGGUAUCCAUGGCUACUGUGGUUUCUGUAGCUCCUGCCCAAAGCUACACUGAAUUCCAUGGUUUUAAUUAAAGACCCUUGUAUUUAGUGUUUCUAUGCUAAAAAUGAAAGCCCUGCUUCCAUGCAAAGCAAAAAGCUGGUAGUUUCCCUUAACUGGGCUCUCUUGAAUUACUUUUGCUUUUGCUGUAUUUCUUCAUUAGAGGUGCAGUGACUUCAUUUAAAUAUUUCCUGUUGUUCCUCAACUUUUAGCCAGCAUUCCAAAACACCAUGAAAUGUGCUUCCACACAAGUUAAAGUUGAGCUGAACAUGUAGACACAUUGAUUCACUGGACCCAUUUCAGAGUUCCAUAUUAACUGCUGCAUCAAGAUCAAGAUCAAGAUUAAGAUCGAGUCUUGAAUGAUCUCAGUCCAAGGGCUUUGAAGAAAAUUAUACAAAUUCUCAGGAUGGGGUAAUUUGUACAAAGGGGAAGAGAAGCUGAAAAACCCCUAUAUGUGAAGUGAGGCUCACUUGAUUUCACCAUUGACACACCAAGCAUGCACAAAUAGUUUUGCUCUCAUUCACAGGAAUACAUGCAUGAUCUUGUACUUUUUGCUCACACUCUUCCAUGUGCACUGGUACUCACUCUCUCAAAUAUGCUUUCUCACAACUGCCCUCAGACUCAUUUAUACUCAGGACUUGCACUCACUAGGAGACAACUCUAGCCUUUUUUGUCAUGCUCACACACGGCCUCUCACACUGGCACACGCACGCACGCACGCACGCACGCACACACACACACACACAAGAACAAACACGUACUUGGACAAAUGCAGGUAGACAAUAACAAAUAUCAACAAUUGUCCAAUUGUCAGCCUUUUCUUUAGGGUCUAGAAGGACGCUAUCGGUGAAUGUUAAAAGGUACAGUCACAAGUAUCUAGAGACUGAAAACCAUUCACAAAUCGAAACAGAGUGAUUUUUUUUCUUGCCCUUCUGUUUGGUCAAUCCAGCAGCUGAUAUGACUCUGUUUUAACAAAGAUUCUUUAAAGUUGAAAAAUUCCUAUAUGUGAAGUGAGGCUCACUUGAUUUCACCAUUGACAGACCAGACACAUUGACCUUCUGUUUGGUCAAUCCAGCAGCACAAAGGAGACCAACAAGAUCCUACAUAUUGUGCCGAGGGAUUGUGAGGACUAGAGUUUCGGACAGAAUGAAAUAGUUCAGCCAUAGUCUGAUUCCCAACCUGUCCUUUGCUUUGUAGAACAUUUCUUGUGAACGUUUUCUGUCCAGGUGCAGACUCUGUUGCAAGUUAACAUAAUCUGUGGCAGUUUUUGGUUUGAAACCUUUUUUUACUAAAUUCAAUCACAAUUCAAAAAGUUUUAAUUCUCUGCCUUUAGGGAAUGAAAGAUUUCCUAUUUUGCAGUAAAAACAAGAACAGCAAACUUAAUAGAUGCAUGCUGCUUGCACCCUUGGUAAUUUCUACUCUGUGAUGACCCCGCUCCAAACAUUUUUGCAGUUAUCAAGAAACAACAGGCUAGGCACAUAAACUGUUGCAUUUUGUUCUGAAAGCUUUAUUUUGCUAAAUUCAGUCACCCUGUCUUUAAAUUCAUGGUCUGACUCACUUGAUUAGAAUGAGUGACAAAAAAUAUCCACGGUAGCCAGAGAAGAAACAUGAGUAACAUUUUCACUUUAGAAUACAGGAACUCAGAGAUUAUUUCCCCAUUGAAAGAAAUAAUUGACACCAAAGUCACAUACAAGAUUGAUUGUCUGUCAAUUUUAUAUAUGCAUUAAAAAAAGGAAACAAUGGCUAUUGAAAUGAAGUAGUUUGCACUGAGUCACUGCACCUCUGUCUCUUCCCCUCAAUGAAAUCCAAAUGUUGCUGUGUACAUAUCUGGGACUGAUUGGUAGAAAUCAGGCUUUACUCAGAUGAAAUUUUCUACGUCUUUUGACUUAACCAGCAAGUCAGAAAUGUUACUUUGAGACUGAUCUACAUAUUUGCACCAAAGUUACUGAUAAUUCAUUUUUUUCUGGACAACUUCAUAUAUUUUGUGUAUCAGCAGAGGUGUUUUUGUACAAAAAUACUUUUUACAGACUUAU